AUGACAGAAAGAAGGCCCGCGAUUCGCUACCAAGGACAACGUGGUCCACAAGGCCCAACUCUAUGCCCUAACCCUCACAUCCUCAGCUCCCACACGUUGAUGGCCUCUUCGGAGGUCGAUCAGAAGUUCCUAGGCAGGUUCGCCAAAGCUACCGACAGAAGCUACCCAUACCUCUCUAGCAAGCUCUACAAAGUCCUGGGCCUCUCAGUCAUCCUUUCCAAGAAGCUGGUCCGCGCCCGCCGACUUCGCCGACUGGAUACCACCCGCGAUACCAAGUCUCUACAACUCUAUCAUCACAUCAUCUUCCUCUCCCGCGAAGGUCUCUACAUAAUCGAAGAAUAUGUCCUACCGAUGGUCGAAAAUACCCGCACUCAUGCAUUAAAAGUACUCUGCCACAAGCUUCGCGCUAGCUUCUAUCACAUCUACGUCCUAUUCCAUAACGAGCCAUCCAUCACUCAGACCGCUAUACCCAGCUACACUCCAAGCUCUGCGGAAAAAGGCAAAGCACCAGUCUACCGAAACUCGAUGCGCCCCUCUCCUCCUCCCUUAGAAGGUGGACCCGUCCAGAACAUCGGAUCCCUUCCGCCCGGCCUCACCCCGGUCUCCAUACCCAAACCUUCGGCUUCCUUCCUCUUACCCGCGCUGAAUUACAUUCCACGGGCGUCCGAAUGCUUCGAAUACGCCUGCAAGCUCGCCAAUACCAGUCUCUCCGGCUCCCAUCCGGUCCGUCUCUCAGUGAAGACGGAAUACGCAGCCUAUCUUUACGAUUGCCUUCACGACGGUGAGGGAAGCAGAAGAUUAGCGCAAGUAGCGAUCAAGGACGUAUACAACGCGCAAGAGGGCAUGGAUGAUGACAUGUUUGAGGACGCGGCGGAAUUGGUGGGUAUACUGGGGAAGAUGAUGAAGAGGGGGCUCGGAGCUGGGAGCCAGGGCAGCGGAAGUACUCCAAGGGCGGGCAACGAAAGUACCCCUAGCAGCACACCAAGACCUGGCAAAGUUGAUAAGUUCGAGAAGGAGCUACCAGACCUGCCGAGCCCACAACAGGAGGAGAUUGCAGAAGUUUGCGCAUGA